AUGCCAGACGAGAUCAAGUACUCGAGGAACGGCAGAUCCUAUCGCCUGUGGCACACAAAGCACGGCUUCACGUAUGCCGCGAACUGGGUCGUCUUUCCAACCAAGUACAGAUGGCACACCGACGCCUUGUACAAAUGGAUAUGUCCCAUUCGGGACUGUAGGAACAUCUUCGCCAGCAUCAAGGAGCUCGAGCAGCAUACUAUGAAACUCCACGGCGGGCUCCAACUCAACGACAACCUCGACGGCACCACGUCUGUCUUGGGCACUUGGGAGUCUGACUAUCUAAAAGUCAUCUCGCAGAACCGCCCGGCGCCAGGCACACCGGCACCUACCCAGCCAUGUCUCCCUCCUCGCCCAUCACCAGCGGGACAGCAGGAACUCACCCCGCCAUCAUCACCGUCUCAAGGAGGCAGUGCGACGGCUGCGAUCCUCGGUUCGCCCCAAUCCAGCGAUGCCACUAAUCCGCCAACCACCAGUGCCCACCUACAUGACGACAGGGACGUCGCUGUGCCUAUUGUCGAGACACCGAUCACUGCGCGCCUUGAAGCAGCCAAGAGAGGCCACCAGAUUCGGCGGGGGGCGAUGAAUACGCUGGAAGAGACUGCUGAUGGUGGUUGCGACAGCCGGGCGGGGUCCCGUCCCAACGGCAAUGACGACGAAGUCCUCGUUUUCGACGACGACGACGACGACGACGACGACGACGAGUGCCGUUCCCCAGGGGGUGAAGAUGCUGUCUUCACGCCGCAUCCCGUGACACCAGCACACUUGAACAACAGUGACUGGCCGCACUCUUCAGGAACAGCUGCCUCUGCCCAAACGGUGCUCACGCCUGCGGAAUCGGCAUAUCCCUCUGGGCGGCCACGCCGGCGGUCUUCAGAACGUCUCUUCUUGCGACGACUCAGUGCUUCUGGGUCCCUAGCUGGCCUUGAUCCUGACUCGCCUAGUGCCCGUCGGUCCGUGCGGAUCCGCGAGAGAACCGAGUCAUGUUUGUCAACGCCACUGAGUAAACGAAGAGCAGGCGACAAUAGCAGUGCUGGUACUGGUGCUGGAAGCGCCCACGAUGGCAAAGGUGCUAGACCUGAGGAUGGAAUGUUAUCAACCAGCCGGAAGCGUCGGCCGAGCCAGACCAGUGAUAUCUCUGGCAAUGGCCGCGAGAACAACGACCUCACCGCAGAAGAUUUGUACCCGAAAAAUAGCGCGGCAAAGCGCCGCGGCUUGAAGCGGCUCCAGAUCCACGUCCCUCGUCACAGAGCUGACGCCAUCGACAGCAGCAGCGGCGGCGGCGGCUUAUACCCAGGGAAAAGGUUUGCUGACCAGGCACCAUACCCGAGCCCGCCGAACUCGCAACAGGAAUCAGUGGUGUCCUCAUUGCCUCCAGGGAUGUCAUGCUGCACAGAGACUGCGAAGUACGAUUCGUCUUCACCUGCCGCAGGAACCAACCUUUACUAUCCUGGCAGAAGCAGCCCAGGCACCCAGCAGAUGGAAGACUGGGAGAUCAGCCCGGGCAAGAUCAGCGCUACUAUGAUUCCUUCCUCAUCCCUGAGCCACGGGAUCGCGGAGAAGACAGUACCUUCAGUGCCGAAACCUGGCGUCGGCGGGUAUCUCAGAUCACCGGAUCUGGCCUACUCUGCCUCCUACCUUGCGCAGCCGAGCCCCGUCCCUUUGAGUCCUGGUGUGGGGUCCCAUGUUAUCACCGUCAACUCCGGUGACCAACAUCGUUUCCCGGCCUGCAGUGUUGGCACUACCGGUAACGAUGGCGGCAGUCGUGAGCAAGGGAAGAAGGAGAGGGUGUGCAUCGUGACCUCGGGAAAGGCUAUCGUGAGGAUGAACAUGGCAGGAAUGUCGUUGCAGAGGAAGGACAACGGUGCGGCCACGUACGGUGGCCGGGAUAGCCCGGCACCGCAGCAGGAGUUUGUCGUCGGCCAGAACAGCUUAUUCAGGGUCCUGCCCGGAGCCGAGUGCCUGGUCUCGAACCGGUGGCGUGAGCAGCUCGUCUUGCACGUUGUGGAGAUUGCGUGUUAG